CCAACAAGAUCAAAACAACCGUGUCCACAAUCCACAUGCUUUUUCUCACUUGAAUUCUUCUCCCACUUUUUCCUUCCCGCACAUCACUCAAGUCUUCCCAAAUGGAAUACUACGAUCGCCAGGUGGUUCUCAUCACCGGCUGCUCCGAGGGCGGCAUUGGUCACGCACUCGCACGCGCCUUCGCGGAGGAGAAGUGUCUGGUGGUGGCGACGAGUCGGUCGCUGCCGUCGAUGGCGGAUCUAGACCACGAUUCUAGGUUUUUUCUCCAGGAGCUGGACGUUUUGUCAGAGGAGAGCGUCCACCAUGUGUUUUCGAGUGUGCUUGAGAAAUUUGGGCGGAUCGAUGUUCUGGUUAACAACGCUGGGAUCCAAUGCGUUGGGCCUCUCGCUGAAAUUCCUCUCUCUGCGAUAGAGAACACCUUUAAUACCAAUGUCUUUGGUUCCAUGAGAUUGAUUCAAGCUGUUAUCCCUCACAUGGCAUCUAGGAGAAAGGGAAAGAUUGUAAAUAUUGGAAGUGUUACUGUUUUGGGCCCGGGACCAUGGGCAGGUGGUUACACUGCAUCUAAAGCUGCUCUUCAUUCACUAACUGAUACCUUGAGAUUGGAACUCCGGCCUUUUGGGAUCGACGUGAUUAAUGUUGCUCCAGGAGCUGUUAAGUCAAACAUUGGAAACUCUGCAUUAGCCAGCUACAACAGGAUGCCUGAGUGGAAAUUAUACAAGCCAUUCGAAGCAGCUAUACGAGAGAGAACCAACUUUUCACAAGGCCCCAAGUCGACACCUUCAGAAGAGUUUGCGAAGAAGACUGUAGCUGCUGUUCUGAAUAAGAAUCCACCAGCUUGGUUCUCAUAUGGCCAUUACUCCACCAUAAUGGCAAUCAUGUACCAUCUACCUCUCUUUAUUAGAGAUUUCAUACUCAGGUUAGCAAUGAAAUGCUAAAGAUACACAAAAAUUCAUUAUAUUUCUGUCGUUCGUAGCCUAUAAAUGGUUAAUUAGAUUCAUGUAUCCACGCCUGUAUGCAUGGAUAUGGAAAACUUGAGUAACAGCUCUUGGUGUUCGUAACUGUUGCUUAUCCAAAAUUAGUUGAUUAAUCCAAGAAAUCUCCAUGAUGAAAAAGUUUGAGAGUUUAGGGUAUGAUUCUAACCAUCGGAUAAUGCCUACUUCCCUUUACAUGGAGGAAGAUAUCAUGGUGUUCAAACUCAAUAUUCAUACUGAGAAUGGAGAUUCAGAAUCUUAUGAUUAUGCUUCACAUUUCCAUCUA